AGGAGGGAGAGCCCGGUGCUAUCGUGCACGUGCAUACCUGAAGUGUGGGGUUGUGUAGGCAUUGACUUUGAGUCUUCCAAACCACAGGUGUCUAAAGGAGCUGAAGUGCAUUAGGAGACAAAUAGGCAGUCAGGGGCCCAAGUGAAAUGCCCCUGCAUGAAGGCUCACAUCGUGGGUAACAAAUUGGAGGAGCUGGCAGCCACUAUCCAGCUGGAAAUCUAUAGUGUGAUUGCUAUCACAGGAACUUGGUGGGAUGAACCACAUUGUUGGGAUGCUGGAAGUGAUGGCUAUAAACCAUCAGGCUAGGGAGGAAGGGUGGAGGAGUUGCCCUCUAUGAAAAGAAUGGCAUUGAUUGCACAGAAUUGUCUUCAGAGAACAACAGUGCACAGGUUGGGAGCUUAUAGAUGAAAUUAGAGACCAAGUUAACACAGAGGCACUGUGAUUGGUGCCUGCUGCAGGCCACCAGACCAAGGAGAGUAUGGUGUUGAUGAGUUUUUUCUUCAGCUCCAGGUCGCUUAUAGCUCACAAGCACUGAACUUCAGCAACAUGGGUGUCUACUGGGAAAGAGCAAAUUGCCAACACAACAGGAAACUGCUGGGGGGAUAACUUCCUAGUACAGGUGAUAGGGAGCCUGCAUAGAGGAGAGGUGUUGCUGGACUGAUUGCUCAAUAUGUGGAAGAACUUACCCAGGCUGCCACAGGAGGGGCCAAAGUACAUAAUCCAACAUCCAGUGGAAGGUGAAUCCAUACUGGUACCACUGAUGAUGCUGAAACAGUUUCAAAUGGUAAAAUUUACCACCUGUCCAGCUUUAAUUGCUCUCACAGGGGUACAAAGAUGUUUUAGAGUGGAAGACAUAUGAGGAGUGACUGUGAUCCCUUGGUUUGUUGAGCCCGGAGAAAGGGAUGGCUGAGGGGAGGCCUCAUGGCAUCCUGCAGCUUUUCAUGGCAGCCCACAGCUCCACAAAGCGAGCAGAGGGGCAGUGCUGAGCUCUGCUCUCUGGUGACAGCAGUAGGGCCCAAGGGAAUGGCACAGGGCUGUGUCAGGGGAGGGUCAGGUUGGAUAUCAGGACCUGAUCUGGACAGGCAAAACUGAGCGGAGUGAGACGUGUUGAUUCUUUUCCAUCCUCAUGCUAUUUCCAUGGUUUUGGGUAAGACUGAAAGCCACAGAGAAGUGGACAGAAACCUGAGUACGUUCCCCACAUGGAGGCUCAGUUUCAGGUGUUGCAUUUGAGCUAAGGCCAAUCUUGACUAUUUAUUUGUUGUAGGCAGAUGUUUUGCAUACCUUCAUGGUCAGUUUCCGAAAGUGGGAGAGUGUCAUAAACAGAAGGAUUUGCCUGGGUGUGACUGGCAUCCUCAGCCAAGGCGCUGAUAACUAUUCCACUGAGCGUUUAUUGUAUGUCAAUAAGGAGUUUAGAUUAAUGAAUUACCAAGGAAAUGCUGAGUAAAGGCUUUAUAAAGCUUCUCUUGCACUGGGGAGAUAGACAACUAGACAGUCUGGGUACUAAGAGAAAAUCCAAGAGACACGAAAGAAAGACAGUGAAAUACCAAAACAAGAGAAAAUAUAUUCAGGUUAGAAGAGGCUGCACUUUGCAGGUGCUAUGAGAGGCUUGCUGUCCUUCACAGUCCUUGCACUCCUUUUACUGGUGCACAGCUCCCAGGCAGUCUAUGUCCAGGAUGGCAACUUGAAAUUCUCCCUUGAAUCUGUGAAGAAGCUAAAGGAGCUUAUGGACGAGAACAGAGUCAUUAACCCUCGCAUGGUGGUUUCAAAGGUUUCAAAGGCUGGAUAUUCUCCAUGUCAAGAUAAAGAUCUCCCUGAGGAAUUCCAACCUGUGUGUAAAAGAGAAGAUGCACCCGUGAUUUUCGAGAGGCUGUACGGGGUUGCCAGUGAAGCUGAUUUGUGUGAAAUCUGCGCCAAUGCUGCCUGCUCUGGUUGCUUUUGAAUAAGGACGAAACAAUCCAAAGACAAUGUGCCAAGCUAGGAAGUUUGUGCAUUUGUUUUGUAAGAUCACAUACUCUCACAAAUCAGUACUUAGGCUCCAUCUUCACUGCAGUCAAACUGAAGCUGUUAGCUCAUGUAGACAUACUAAGGGUAAUCUUGAAGUAGUGAGAUCAGGUAAUACCAGCAGUGCAGUCUUGGCAACAGGAAGACUAAAAUUCAUCUGAGAAGCUGAAGAACCAUGAAGAAAGAAAUUCACACUGAGCACCGUCUUGCCUUGAGCCAUGCCUGAGCUGUGUGUCUAUGUGAGCUGUCAUGCUUGACUGGAGUGAAAAUAUCCUGGACUCAAUGUUUCAAUUUCCAGUAUUUUCUCUGGAUUGGAACAUGAUGGGUCAAACUGAGUAGUCUUCUCUCGCCUUUUAAUAUCUAAAUCUCCCUGUGAUCUGGCUUCCACUACACAUAUACACCUAAGCACCGUGGGGUUGUAAUCUUUUCCAACUCAAGCUAUCCAGUUGGUUGGAUAAAUGUCUGUGCCUAGAGGUCUGGACAUGGUAUGUGUUUGAUUGUAAUGGAGCUGUAGCAUAUAACUUGAGGACAAGUUAUAAGUGUUUUGCAACACUUUAAUAGCUAGGAAAUUCUUCAUUUGUUACUUGUACUAAUAUUUAAUGCCAAUUUAGAGAACAGAUGUAGAAGAGCACAGGAGCUAGUAAUCUUUUGUUCAUGGUUGUACAGAAGUUCCCUUCUUUUGACAGAUGUUUGUUAAGCUCUGCUUAGGAGGAAGGAAAUCCAAACUGCAAUGCUGGAAUCACUUUGAAAGGAAAACAUUGCCUUGGGUUUUUAUUUUUGGGUGGCAAUUUGUGAAGAAAGGGUCUACCAAUGUUUGUAUGCUCUGUACAUGAAAUAAAGGUUAGAGACAAUUUUGUUGUUGUUUUGUUUAUUUUUUUUUC